AUGGCUGUUGCUGGCGCCGAUGACGUCACGGGGGUGCGACGGCAGCGGUGGGUCAAGGGCGCCCCGCCCAGCCCCGGCGACAGCGACGACAGCGACAGCGAUGGUGACGUCACUUGUAGGAGUAACAAGGGCGGGGUUGGAGGUGCUUCGCCGUGCGGCACCUGCUCUCCUCCCCCUCCUGCUGAUGUUGCUGCCGCUGCCCCAGCCCCAGCCCCAACCCCAGCCCCAGCCCCAGCCCCAGCCCCAGCCCCAGCGGGCGGUGACGCAGAGGGCAUGGAGUGGCUAGAGACAGGCCCCGGCGGCAACGUCGCGGCGAAGGCUAACAGCGGCGGGACGAAGACGAUCGGGGGCGGCGGCGGCGGCGGCGGCGGCGGCUCCAAGAAGAAAAAAAAAAACAAAGGCAAGGGCAAGGGCGGCGGCGGCGGCAGCGGCGGCGGAGCUAAGCCCACCAAGAACGCCUCUUCCUCCCUCCCAUCAACGGCAGCAGAGAACAAGACCACGGGCACGCAGCCGGUGUCACAGUCGUCGUCAGGGAAACAAGAGCCAUGCCGCACCCUCAACGGGGCGGCGGCAGGCAGGGUCAAGGCUAAGCGUGCCAAGGGCGGGAAGAAGCUGAGUGUUUCCUUCGGCCGAGUUAACCUCGUCGAGUUUACGCGGGACGUGGGUGGCUGCGGGGUCCCGAGCGAUGGGACGUGGGGGCUCGCGCUGGGCCUGCCGUUUCGAGAAACCGUGGUAGAUGUGGACGGCUACGAGACCUCCAGGACUGAGAUCCUCGAAGAGCGCACUUCGGAGCUUUCCAGGAAGCAGCGGCAUCUGUCUACGGGCGAAACUCGUCAGUUCGACUACCGCCCGAUGGGGGAGAAGAACCCGCUUUUUUACCGCCUCGGGGAGAAGGAGCGCAGCAAGAAACUCCUCGACUACGCCUGCUUCCACAAGUCGGACUUAGAAGAGGCCGACAGAGAUAACGAAGCUGUGCAAACUCCUGACGACAGCGCCGACGCUAACGACAACAACAGCCACAUCAAUGGCUCGGGCGGGAAAGGCACCAGCGACUUCGACGCCUUCAGCCACAAGGUGUCGCACGCGGACUUCGUGGACAAGUCCCAAGAAGCCUCAGUCGAGCUUACCGCGCUGAGAGAUAGCAGGAAAAACAGCCAGGGGUGCAGCUGCAGCUACGUGCGUCCGGACAAGCUCAACCUCGCCAAGCUUCGGGCCGAACUCACCAAACGGGGUUUGAAGGCGUCAGGGUCUAAGAAGGAUCUGGUCAAGGUCCUGCAAGAGGCCAUGCGGCAGGACGAGGAAAAGAACGGAGGAAAGGCUCUCAAAGUCUGCCGCUCGGAGGAGUGCCAAUGCGUGCAAGACGGGGUGGAGUGCCACGCCGACCUGUGCAGCUGCUGCAAAGGCCCGAGCAUAGGAGAGAAGGACGCUCACCACGGCGGCAACUGCGGAAACCCCGAGGGCGUGUACGCCUACAGCAGCAGCGUCGUGCGGUCGCACAGGGGGCCAUACGUAACGUCCAAGGUCGUGCCGGGGAGGGUGAGGGGAGGGGGACACGGCCGGAGCGACUCCGUUUGCUCCGACCACCACUGACCAGGGAAUGGAUAAUACCCGUCCCGCCAACCCCGGAACGAAUGGAUGAUAACCGUCCCGCCAGCCGGAACGAAUGGAUAAUAACCGUCCCGCCAACCCGGGAACGAAUGGAUGAUAACCGUCCCACCGCCGGGAACGAAUGGAUGAUAACCGUCCCGCCAACCUGGGAACGAAUGGAUAAUUACCGUCCCACCAGCCGGAACGCAUGGAUACCUGCCCCAUGAACCCGCCUUUAAACGUGCGGAUGGGUGGAAUUCCAGUGUGGCAAGGAUGCUGUUAAUUCGCAAUGAGCAUCAUCAGCGGCACUCACCAGUUGACGACCGAUCACAAUUGUACUAGUUAGAGGUGCUGUCGCGUGGUAUUUUUUUAUCGUACGAGGGGGUUUCGUUGAUGUAACCCCGGCAUGCCUGUCAAGGCUUGGUUUUGUUGUUUCCGCCUGUCUACUUUCGUGAAGAGCGGAUCGAUUGCUGGUCCGUAAGAUCGCUACCUUCUUCUUCUGGUACCCUCUAGUGCCCUCCUGGCCGGAAGCGAUUAGUUACUCGCAAAGGCCGAAGCGACCGUGUCCGUGGAGUGGUUCUUAGACAUUUUCAUCCACGUGUUAGUGGAGGCUAUUUAGUCGGUUUCUCAACUCACAACCUUCCGAUCGUGGCGUUUUGUGUGUGGUUUGGUUGGGGGGAGGGCUAUUUCCGCGUCGUGAAUACUACGUCAGAUGAGAUUAAGUUGACGUUGAGUUGACGUUGAUGACAAAUCUCUAGGCAAGGGCAGGUAUGUAGACACGCCAUGGCAUGAACAAACACUGUAAUAUUUUUGGUUGAUGGAAACGGGCGUGAAUAAUACGAUCCACGCCGAGAUCGCGUUCGCGUAACGAAGUUUAUUUCGACUUGCGCUGGCUGAAAAUCUCUCUUGAGAAAGGCGGGUAGACCGAUUAGUACAAUAGGGCAAGGUGGUCUCUUCACGUAUAAUUGGACGGAACUCUGCGGUUUCGGGCACUGUUUUAGUGGAGAAAAUGUCAUGUUGGCCACUUGCCAAGGUUAAGGUUUGGGCUGGAGAGAAGGCGAAGAUUCAGUGUCUCUCGGACCACUGAUGGGUGACCUAGCUGGAUCCUGUUUUUUUGGCCUGCUGAAGCAGGAGAAAAAUGUGGCGUUUCUUUGAAGAAAACUGGCGGUAUUUCUGCUGUGUGAUUACAUAUCAACAUCAUAACCUUUGGGACUUGGUGUGUACGCAGGAGCAGAGACCGCGGCCCCCCUAGGCCCUGGGCACAACAAGGGGCGAAACAAGUACAAGUUUUCGAUGGCUGGUGGUGUGUUUUUGUUUACUUUUCUAUUUCUGUUGAUUUCUCAGAACGAACAAGUGAAAUAGGGGUUCAGCACCAGGACGUAGCGCGCGCGUGCGUGAAACGUAAAGCGCUGGUAUUUUAGUUGCUGUUGCGAGCUGAGCCGUUCGGGCUUAAAUUUGUCUUAUCGAAUUAAGCGUUUGUUCUUAACGGCCCAUCAAUAAAAAAAAUGGAGUGUUGACUCGAUAUUAUAGAUCAUGAUGAGUAAUAUAGAGAGGACACGUCGUUGUGCUUGGGCAGAAGAAGGAAGUUUGAGGGACGGUCAGGUCUUCCUCUUGCUUGUUGUGCUUGUGUUUUUCGGUGCUGUUUCUGUUUGCACUGUGGUAGAGGGAGGUAGUUUCUGUUUGCAUUUCAUGAGUUUCGUUUUGCACUACUGCUGUAGAUGGGACCAGACAGCUUUGGGGGGGCGUUACCCGUACAUCCCUUUUCUGAUGAUUUGGCAGAACAUCUAUUAUUAUAGUAUCUUUGUGGGGAUCUGGGGCUGUUUGGCGGUACACAUUAUUAUUGCUGGGGGUGAGUGGCGGAGCCAGAUCGAAUAUAUGACGCAGCUGGAGGUCAUCUACAAUGCUAGUGGAAGAUUCAAGAUUUCAUUCAUAGCCGGCGGCAAGGGCCUGUUCAUUUAAAGAUGAUAUUACACGAACGAUGUUGUUGUUGUCUUCUGCCACCGUAGGCAGGAGGGUGCACAGUUGGGGGGGUGGAAUCUUACACUUUCGGGAGAAAACGCGGCCGACCGGUUUGGGUAUAGAGGGUCCCCCUACCCAAAAGUGUGAUCAGAUGAGGUAACCCCCCUAUCGUGUAGCAUCACUCCUGAUGAAAGAUGGGAUUGCUGCCGAAGUUU